UUUAGAAAAGUUUACUAUCCAAGUUUUCAUGCACCUAUAAAAGUUACUGAAAUAUAAAAGCAGCAUUAAUAUCAUCGACGUCCUUGGUGGUACCAGUUGAUAAGUCCAGCGUCGUUAGUUUCCGCACCAGCUAAACAUGAUCGGAAAUAUUUAUAUAGCGUGUGCAGUCAUUGCAGUUGUCUGUUUCCAUGCCACCAUCAGUUCAAUACUACCGGAAAACUACCCUGUAUGUCCAACUGCUGCAUGCAGAGAAAUUGCUGACGAUAUUCUGAGGAAUAUAAACGAAAACAUGGACCCUUGCACCGACUUCUACGACUUUGCCUGCGGAAAUUGGCCCAAGCACAAUCCCAUACCUCCUGGGGAAGACUUCUAUCAGCAAUUCAUGGUAGCGUCUAAUCGGAAGGAUGCUCGGAUUAAAGCGAUUUUGGAAGGGAAGCCAGAUCUCAAUGAGAAUCCUGCUGUGGAGAAAGCAAGGAAAGUGUUCGCCGCGUGCUUGGACACUGAGGCCACUGAUAAGACUGGAUUCAAAAUUUUGGCUUCGAUUUUGGUGCAAAAUGGUGGAUGGCCUGCUGCGACGGAGGAAUGGGAUUCAAGUUCGUGGACCUGGCAAGCAGCAGACAAUUAUUACAAUAGUUUUAUUGGCCUCUUUCCACUAUAUCAGAUUGCCGUCCAACCUGACUCUCGAAUUAACGGCACUGUGUUAAUAACUCUUCAACUUCCUGACGUUAAAUUUAAACCGAUUUACAGUAUAUUAGUAAAUCGGAACUUAUUUUUUAAGGAAAUUACAGCAUAUAAACAUUAUAUAGAAAAGUUAAUUGUCACUGUUGCGAAUGCUACGGGUUCGCAGGUAUCACAAGAACAGGUUGCUUCAGAUGCUCAUGCAAUUGUGGAUUUUGAGUCCAAAUUUUUUAAGCUCGUUUCCGAGACCUAUGAGUCCCCGUUGUAUUACGAAAUGAUGAACAUUUCAUAUCUGCAGGAAUAUUACGACGUCGCAGAUCCUAAGAAUGAAAGCGGCAAGAUAAAUUGGUUGAGCUCUAUUCAGGCCCUUUUCAAGGAAAUUAGCAGGACGAUUGACGGUUCGCAAAUGAUUAUAAUGGACGCAAGUACAUUUUUGUUGGGUUUGGCAGAGUUGUUGGAUAAAAGUUCUCCUAGGACCCUAGUGAAUUACAUACAUUUCAAAUUCGUGGACCACAUGGCUAAGCAUACUACUGAAAAGGUGAGAGAGUACAUUGCAGACCUGAACAACGUUCUUGUCGCAACCGAAUCUCAAAAACUACGGUGGAAGCAAUGUUUGCAUCAAAAUGAAAUGUCGCACGUCGUGUCCUAUGAAUAUAUAAAGAGGUAUUUUCCUGAGCACUCUAAGGCUGCUGCACUGAAAAUGAUCGAUGACAUCAAAACACAAUUAGAGCUUCAAAUUCAAAGUGCAAGUUGGAUGACCCAGGAAAUAAAACUUGCAGCAAUAGAAAAGCUGAAGAACGUAAAAGAGUACAUUGGUUAUCCAGAUUGGUACAGUAACGAAACAGCUGUGUACAACUACUAUAAUGAGCUUUGCACGGGAGUCCAGAAAGCGCUCACAUGGCCGUAUUUUUAAAGACUUGCUUCACUAAAAUCGCCAUUAUUCGGUUCUCUCUGGUCAUAUUUAAAUGAUGCAUAGGAGACAACUUUUGCAAUAGCGAGCGCUGCGGUUCGCGUUACUUUAGGCUGCGUACAGACUUGCAACUGCGUGGCACAACGUUCAUCCCAUACAAAAAUUGGGUUGGUUGCGGGAUGCAAUUAUAAAUCUGUAAGCAGCCGUGCGCAAGGGUGAGGGUUAUACGGGGGUCUACUAUAGUAAAAUUCAACAGUAUAUUAACGGUAAUAUUUUUAUUUCACUGUAACAUUAAUUUUCAUUUCUGUAGUAUGUCACGUAUGGAACUUUCUGAUUAUCGCAAUUAAUCGUUUGUAUGUUCAGUAUGAGGUAUACAUUCAAACCGUUCUUAGGCGAAGUAGUACAAUCACGCAUACAGAAAAUUCAAAACAUUUUCGACCAUACAUUCAGUCUAGGGAAUUCGCAUUUUCACUCGGAAGGUAUAAAUUAAGCUGAACAAACUCAGUUGUGGUGAAAGUGGGAGAAGUGAGCACUCUUAAAAAAGAUACGAAAUCAACCUCCUAAUUUCUGAGGCAUUACUUUAGCAGUAAUACUCAUAUCAUUAUGUUAAGAUACCUUGAUAGAAAAGCAAGUUGGCUGAAUCGAUCGUUGCGCUUCUUUCCAAAAUUAUAUGAACUUUUUUGCAAAUCGGUCUACUUUAUCGGCGGUAGUGAUCGUCACUUUACAAUAUUGCCACAUUUAUUUCCAGCUCAUGGUUUCUUAGGUUACCAAUAGUAACAUCUCGCCAAAGCAUGAGUCGAUCUCUGUUCGGCGUUCGCUUCAUGUCGAUCGAACCCCCUACCUCGUUACCCUCUGGGGCGUGCGACACAUCCAAAACGUCCCAAGCUUGACUGUUCUCGGCUUAACGAUUGUUUAUGGUUGACCGAUCCCCCCGCCCUAUUUCCCCUCGGCCUAUGUUACUUCCAAAUAGUAGAUUCCCAAAACCCCGAACUCUGCGCCAUCAUCCCAUCAUGCCAUCAAAUCCCG